AUGCCCCGUGGCCAGAAGAGCAAGCUCCGUGCCCGUGAGAAGCGCCGCCAGGCCCGUGCUAAAAAUGCACCAAAGGAAGGAGAGGCCUCUUCAGGUCCUUUCAGUGAGUUUCCAGAUCAGGCUGAUCCUGAUACUGGUAUGCCUACACCUCCCAACAUGCCACAGGGAGCUCACUAUAACUUUACACACACAUAUGAAAGUACAGGGCCUGAAAACCAAGAUGAAAAAAAUUCAGAUGACUCUGAUGAGCUUGAGGCCUGGAGUAAAGAUCCUAUAAAUCGUAAAGUAGUCUUAUUGGUGCAGUUCCUGAUGGAGAAGUAUCACAAGAAGGAGGUUAUUACAAAGGCAGAUAUGCAGAAGUGUGUAGUCAAAACAUCAAAAGGUCACUUCAAUGAGAUCCUAAAGAGAGCCUCAGAGCACAUGGAACUGGCCUUUGGUGUUGAUCUGAAGGAAGUGGAUCCUGUCAGGCACAGUUAUGCCCUUUUCAAUAAAUUAGAUCAUACCUUUGAUGUCAUGAGGGGUGAAGAAAUAAUGCCCAAUACUGGCCUAUUAAUGAUGGUGUUGGGUGUGAUCUUUAAGAAAAAUAACUGUGCCUCUGAAAAGGAUGUCUGGGAGGUGCUUAAUAUGAUGGGUGUAUAUGCUAACCGAAAACACUUCAUCUAUGGAGACCCUACCAAAGUUAUCACUGAAGAUUUGGUAAACCUAAAGUACUUGGAGUACCGAAAAGUGCCUGACAGCAAUCCUCCAUCCUUUGAAUUCACAUGGGGUUCCAGAGCCCAGGCUGAGAUCAGCAAGAUGAAAGUCCUGGAGUUUUGGGCCAAGAUUCAUGAUACUACACCAGAUGCCUUUGUGCCCUUGUAUGAAAUAGCUUUGAAAGAUGAGGAAGAAAGAGCCCAAGCUAGGUCUGCCGCUAGGGCUCGCACUGCUGCUACGGCCAGUUCACAUUCAAAAGCCAUGGUUAGCAGCUUCUCCCAUGCUAAGUAA